CAGGAACAGGAACUUGAACAGGAGAGAUCUGUGGUUCUGAUGGAUGCGGUUUAUGAAGACCAGAGAGAUACAGACAAAGUACAACUUGAGACAGGAAAAGUCAUGGCCUUCGAAACACGAGACAGGUACACAUCACUAAUCAAGCAAAAACCGCUUGUGAUUUAUCUGCUGCUAGCUCUCUCAUACCUGCUCAUCAUCAUACUGUUUGGACUUGUGAUCUCCAAUGAACAGAGGCUUCCAUCGCAAGUGACCAAGUUGCACAAAGAGCUUCAAAGGAGCAAAGAACUGUUCCCCUGUGGAUCCAGAAGCAGGGAAUGGGAAUACUAUGAUGAAAGAUGCUACUUCUUCUCUAUCGAGGAUGCUACGUGGCACACAGCUAAGUCUCACUGUGAGGAAAAGAAUUCAAUGCUGGUGGUCAUUCACGAUCAGGCCAAGCAGAAUUUUCUGCAAUCCCAAACGCGGAAUCAGCGCUUCUGGAUUGGACUCAGUGAUGAGAACACCGAAGGGGACUGGAGGUGGAUUGAUGGCACAAAUUACACAAAAGGCUUCAAGAAUUGGAAAACAGGGGAACCCAAUGACCAAAGUGGAGAAGACUGUGCCACCAUGGAUUCUGUGGGUCAGUGGAAUGACCUGAAAUGUAAUACUAAAGCCUUGUAUGUCUGUGAGAAACCCCUGCCUUCCUGAAGGACCAAGAAAGAAGGGAAGACACUUCUGCACACUGUCCCAGAUCCAGAGAAGAGUGUUGCAAGAAUCGCCUCUGCCUCUGAAGGCCAGAUAGUUCUCCAAACCACAGUGUUACUUGUGAUAAAAAUGUAGCACAGCUGGAAAGCAAUAAUCAUGAAAAGAGUACUGUAUGAGUCUUAAAGUGUUGAUGUUUCUAAGCAGCAUAAUAAAACUGUAAAGUCAA